AUGAUAGCUAGUCCAACUACCAAUUCACCUAUCCAAUCAUCUCCACCAUCUUAUCUAAUGGAGAUGAUUAAAGUCGUCAACAUUUCACCUAGAAAGAAUAACAACAGUAGUAGUAGUAAUAAUAGUAAUAAUAGUAGUACCAGUAAUAGUUUCAACAAUAAUAAUAAUAGAUUACCUCAUAUUUUAGAAUACAAAAUAUUAGAUCACUUUUGGAAUGAUACAAUUGUAACUGAUAGUUCAUUGUUUAGUGAUAACAAUAAUCAAAAUCAAAAUCAACAAACAACUAGGAAUAAUAAUAAUAAUAAUAAUAGACCUCUAACUGAAAUAAUAAUUCAUUCAAGUAAAAAAGAUUUAAUGGAUAGUUCAUUGGUUUGUUGGAGAUGGUUUAAUCAUUUAUAUAAAUUAUAUAGUACAUCUCCUUCUUUUGUUUAUGGUGAUGAAUUAUUUUUAGAUGAGUCAACCAAUAAUACAAAUAAUAAUAAUAAUACAAAUAUAAAUACAAAUAACAAUUUAUUUAAUCAAUCAUGUAAAUUUAAACAUUAUAGAAUUGAUCAUUAUUGUGAUCAAUUUACCGACGAUUCACUUGUACAUUUCAACGAUGACCAAAGAAAACAUUUGUUUUCUAAUUUAACCAAACUCGAUAUAUUCAACUACCUCUUCUUUGAUGGGUUAAAGAUGCCAAAUGGAAGAAGGUCACUACCCGAGGGCUACGCUAAAAAGAAGGCGUCAUCGAGUAAAUUGAUCAAUGGUGCUGGAACUGACAGUAUCAUCCUAUUCAAAGCUAAUUUGGCAAAAGUGAUUGGAGAUAUGGGCAAGCCAUUACAAUCGAUUAGUUAUAUACACGACAAGGAGUAUCUUGAUCAAACAUUGGCUCAAAUGAUCAACGAACCAAAAUGCUACCAACAACUACAAAACUUAUUUGUAUUUGCAUUGUUGCCAUCAGACAUGGUGAUUGAAAAGGUGGAAUCGUUUAUUCGAUUGGCAUCAAAUACUCUUACUAAAUUGGUUGUAGCACUUUGGAUACCGAUCGACAAGGUUGAAGCGAUUCUUCAACUAAACUUUCCACAUCUCUUGGAACUUGGGUUUGGCAAACAUGACUUGUUCAGAUUCCCCUUUAAAUUGGUGAAUCGACAUGCAGCACUUCAUACCUUUUCAUUUCAUUCUCAACAAGACUAUAGAGGUAGUGUGUCGGGUGGAUUAAUAGACUUUUUCAAUACUACAACGAUCGAGUUUCUCAAAACUCCCAUGUUGCAUGCUUCCGAAUACGACUGUCUCGUCAACAACAAGGCAAUCAAAAAGUGGGAAAUGUCAACUCUAUUCUCCAACGGACAGACCUAUGGAUUCAAACCAUCACAUCUCCAAUACCUAUCACUCAAGAUAUACUAUCCAACCGUGUCGAUCAGCUUCAAUAUAUCCAACCCUAACAACUCACCAACACAACUCACCUGUUUAAUGGUAGAAACAAGUCCAGAUUCCAUACCAAAUCUCUUGUCAUUCCUACCACUCUGUAAAUCUCUAGAAACUCUUUCAAUUAAAACAUAUAUAGAAAAUAGAAAGAAGAAAUCUCUAAAAUCAACUCCUUUUCAAAAUAUGAUUGGAGAUAAAACAUUUUUUGAUUUGCUUUUAGAUUAUAUUCCAUCGUUGAGGUUAUUACAUAUGGAUAGACAUUCAUUUGAUCUACCAUUAUUUAAUAACCUUGAAUCAUUUUUUGGCAAUCAUAAAGAAAUCCAAGUUGUAACAUUUGAUUUUAUUUCCAACGAUAGUAUUCCAUCGGAAAUUCAAUCGAAAUUGUAUCAUCCAUAUUUUAGAAUUAUAGUACAAACAAAAUUUAAAUAUACUUUUAAAAAAGAACCUAUUACUACUUUACCUAAUCCAUUCAUUCAACAACCUCAACAACAACAACAACAACAACAACAAAAUAUAAUUGAGGAUAAUAAUAAUAAUAAUAAUAUUAAUAAUAUAAAUAAUGUUUCAUCUCCGUCAUCAUCACCACUACUUUUAGUUGAUAUUAAUGGAAAUGAGAGAGUUAAGUUACUCUAUGCAGAUUCAAUUAUCUAUUCAACCAGAUUUCUUAUUAAUACAAAUAUGAAUGAAUCUACAAUAAUACGUCACCAGACAGCAAAUACUCUCUAG